AUGGAUCUUCUCAGUGACUCAGCCCUGCCUAUCAGCAGUUCCAUGCAAUCAGUGUCUCAGUCUCAGUCAAUCCCACACUCAGUCUGCAGUGAAAGCUGUCCUGUUGGACACAGGAGAGCUAGCCAGGAGGGACAGCCAGACUGCUGUUUCAAUUGUCUUGUCUGUUCAGAAUCAGAGAUUGCUAAUCAGACUGAUUCCAAUGACUGCAUGAAGUGUGCUGCUGAGUUCUGGCCUAACGCUAUGCAGGAUAAGUGUGUUCCUAAACCAGUGGAGUUCCUUUCUUAUGCUGACCCCCUAGGGGCUUUACUGUCUGGUACUGCCAUUUUAUCCUCCUUCAUCCCCAUUGCUGUUUUCUGUGUCUUCCUUAAACAUCAUGAUACACCGGUUGUGAAAGCCAAUAACCGAGAACUAAGUUAUCUUCUCCUUUUAGCUCUGGUUCCCUGCUUCCUCUGCUCCCUCAUCUUCAUUGGUCUGCCUAUUAAACAGACUUGCAUGCUCCGACAAACUGCAUUUGGUGUUAUAUUCACAUUUUGUGUCUCAUGUGUUCUAGUAAAAACUGUUAUGGUGGUCAUCGCUUUUAAAGCUACAAAGCCAAACAGUCACUGGAGACUGUUGGUUGGGUACAAGCUGCCUUCUGUAAUUGUCUCUUUCUCCACACUGAUCCAGGUUGUUCUGUGCACAUUCUGGUUGGUCAUAUCUCCACCUUUUCCUGAAAGAAACUCAGAAUUUUCUACAACAAAUGUAAUUAUUGCAUGUAAUGAAGGCUCCAGCAUUGCAUUUUGGGUAAUGUUGAGUUAUAUGGCUUUUCUUGCAUGUAUGAGCUUUCUUCUGGCCUACUUUGCCAGAAAGUUACCAGACAUUUUCAAUGAAGCCAGCUGUAUUACAUUUAGCAUGUUGGUGUUUCUUAGUGUUUGGUUAUCAUUUGUGCCUGCCUACCUGAGUACCAAUGGGAAAUACAUGGUUGCUGUGGAAAUAUUUGCAAUUAUAUCCUCCAGUGCUGGACUGCUUGUGUCAAUAUUUUUCCCAAAAUGCCACAUCAUUUUGUUGAAACCAAGAAUGAACACAAGACAGUAUUUAACUGGAAAGGGAACAUUUAAAGGUAAACCAGCUUAAAGAGAUUCCAGUUACAUAUUUCAAAACAUUUCACAAUAAGUAAUCUCUGUUUAUCAAUGCAUUAUUUACAUUUAAAUAAAAAAUGUGGAUUAUUUCAUAAAAAAUUCUUCAUUACCUUUGCUUACCUUGGUCUACUACUCUCUUUCAAAAGCUGUUAUUUUGAAUACUAUUUCACUAUCUAGUCAUAAUAUUGAGCCUAUACACUUUGUCCACAGCUGCAGUGUGCCACUUGCACCACGUUAUAUUGUACACUGAGCCAC